AUGAGGAGAAACACACUUUCCCUUGAGCUCGCCACGAGGACGGAGGCGUUAGUUUGUACUGAAACAGUUUUGUUUGCUGUUACCAAUGUUGUGGCCAUCCUCGGAAAUCUUCUCACUUUUUAUGCUGUGUACAGAAACCACAGGCUGCGCACGAUUCCCAACAUGUUCCUGAUAGCUCUGGCUCUAAGUGAUAUUCUGAUGUCUACUAUCUGUAUACCUUUUACAGUUGCAAGUCUUUUCCACGGUAGGUGGAUCUUUGGUGACACAGUCUGUCGCUGGCAAGCAUUUGAUAUAUUUACAUUUGGGACGAGUAGUGUUGGAACUAUGGCAGCAAUUGCAGUCAGCCGAUAUUUCUGUGUUGUUAAUCGGGAAAAGUAUCCCUCGCUGUUUAAGAAGCAAAGAUCCGUGAUGUACAUUUUCAUUGUUUGGUGCUUGGCUCUGGUUGGAUCUGUGCCCAUAUUAGUCUUCAAAAAUAACAGCGUUGAAUUCCAGCCAGGAAAAGCAAUGUGUCUGUACAAAUUUGAAAGUAACAUUGCUUACUCUGUCUUUAUGCACUGCUGUUUUAUCACAACACCCUUGAUUAUCAUCAAGAUUAUCAUCAGAGAUCUGCUAAUGUGGAAGAAGCCAAAAUCAAAUCGUGUUUUCUCAAGGGAGAACGGUGACGCCUAACUGAAAUAGCCAGAGAAAUGUGGUAGGAAUGUGAAUGUGGAGGAAACCAAAAUGACGAAGCGUUUGGUUGCAGUUGUAGUCGGCUUUGCAUGCUGCUGGCUUCCUAUUUUCAUCAUCGACAAUAUCGACAUGGCGCAUGAAGAGCCCACGCUACCACGACCAGCUUACUUAGCAUAUGGCUUUUUGCUUUACUUGAGUAGCACCAUAAACCCCUUCAUAUAUUGUGCCACAGAUAAGAGGUUCAGACGGGAGUAUAAGGCUGUUUUCUGGAAGAUUUUUAGCUUCAAAUGCCGAGCCAACAACGAAAACAACGACGGUUAA